AUGUGGAGUCUCUGGUUUGGUCCUUUUGCUCUCCUGCAGCCUGCGCUUGUGUUCACCGCCCCACUGCAUCCUGCAGGACUGUCCCGUGACGGACACCUGGAGUUAGCAGAGGUAUACCUGGUUAAAUUCUACGAAUACAAGCCUGAAAAAGGCAGAUGGAGGCGUACGGCAGGGCCCGACCCAUUCCAGGCCAAACUAAGGGAGAUGCAACACUUCUUUGGCCUGGAAGAGAGUGGAAAAGUGGAUCCACAAACCAUCAGGGCCAUGAGAAGAGCUCGCUGUGGCCUUUCUGAUGUUGAGCAGUUUGGAAAGACAAUGCGAUGGACCAACAAAACUCUAACGUACAAAAUCUCCAGAUUCAGCUCAAAGAUGUCAUCUGCCCAGGUCAGGACAGCGUUCAGACAGGCAUGGCGGCUUUGGUCUCGAGCGGUACCCUUGAAAUUUCGCAGAAAGACAAGGAGCGAUGCUGACAUUGUCAUUUCCUUCAAUAACAAAGAUCAUGAUGAUGGGUCUCCAUUUGAUGGUGAAGGUGGAAUCCUGGCACAUGCUUUCUCCCCCGGGCCGGGGAUUGGUGGUGAUGUGCAUUUUGAUGAUGAGGAGACCUGGACGACGAACGGCAGCGGUUAUAACCUCCUCCCUGUGGCGGUGCAUGAGUUUGGACACGCUCUCGGCCUCUCGCAUUCAUCAGAUCCUGGAGCCGUCAUGUUCCCAGCCUAUAAUUUUGGCUUGCACGCUGUUUUGCAACUGUCUUAUCAGGACGUCAAAGACAUAAAGGAAAUGUAUGGUGAGAGGUCAUCAAGUCCGGACCGGCUUCCUCCAAAAACACCAGAUAGAUGUGAUCCUGAUCUGUCAUUUGACGCAGUGACCAGGAUGCAGCAGGAGCUGGUUUUCUUUAAAGACAGGUUUAUCUGGCGAGUGCAUCCCAGCUUUGAUGAAAUAAGAAUCACUCUAAUAACAAGUCUGUGGACUGAAAUCCCAGAUGACAUCGAUGCUGCCUACGAGAACACAAACAAAAAUAGCAUACUAGUUUUUAAAGGAUCUCAAUACUGGGAGAUGAUGAGCUCUCUCAAGGUGAAGCAUGGAUUUCCAAGAAACAUCUCAGACUUUGGAUUUCCAUCCAGUGUUCAGAGCAUCGAUGCUGCCUUGUACUUCAGGGAAACACAUCUCACAGAUUUCUUCAUCGGUGGAGAAUGCUGGAGGUUUAAUGAAGAUGCAGGACAGAUGAUGGAAGGUUUUCCCAAACCUAUUGCUCAUGAAUGGCCAGGAAUCGAAUCGCCUGUGGACGCAGCGGUAGCUCAUGAUGGACGUGUUUAUUUCUUCAUAGGACCUCAACAGCUGGAAUUCAACCCCAAAAUCAGACGAGUAACUCAGAGAUUGCCUGCAAACACAUGGCUUCGGUGUUGAGAAACAACAGAGAGGCGAUGGGAACCAAACUGUGCACUUUUGGAUUGCGUGCAGCUUGUGUGGCUCCAAGCUUUCCUGUUGCAUGAGUCUCAUUCAUGUUAAUUUCACAUUAAACGCUUUAGAAAUAAUUGGGCUGUGAAUCUCACCGAGUGAUGAUGAAAGAGUGCCUAAGCAAAGCCUUUCUAAAUGCAAUUCCAGCUUCCUCAAAAACACACACUGAUGUCUGAUGUCAAAUAAACUGCAAAGUUUUCCUUCAUAUAAAAAUAAAGUCUUAAUUAGAACUAAUUAUGGUCCAAUAUUAACCUAUUGUGGUGUUUUUGUCAUUUUUUC